UCGUUGUGGUCGCGUGAUCCGUGUGAUGGAUUAUGCAGGCGCACUGGCUGACAAAGUCACAAUAAAUGGCGAUUGACUGGAAACUGCAAACUGGAUCUGAACACAGCGCUGAACACAGAUUGAGAGACCACAAAUUCUUUCACAGCUGUGUUAUGAAAGGCCGGAUUGGAAUAAGCUUACACAUUUCGGACUGCCUCGAGAAUUCUGUAUCGAAUUGUGUCACACCGAAAAUCAAUCGGCUCCAUGUGAUUGAGUUACCCGCUUGCGCGUAAUCACGGAUGCCAGUGCAAACGGUUAGUGAUGGCACGGACUUUAAUCCUAGAAGAUAAUUCCACGUAUUCUGAAUCACUGUGUAGGGCUGGUACAUCCGGUUCGAAUGAGCGUACCGUGACAACGCUGCGAGAAGAUGAAGCGAGGAUAUAGAGAAAUAAUCCAGAUGAACCAGGAGCACGCACGUCACGCAUGUGUGUGGAUGACUCUGAUCCUCUUAGUUGCGACAGUUGUUAAAGUAAGCCAAAGUAACUGACACCCGCAACGAUUUCAGUCAGUAAAAGAUAGCAGCAACGAUAGUAGAAAGAUUGGAUAUGUUGCUGGAAUUUCCGUUAUAGAACUUUGGAUACAGUAAGCUCCAUGUACAGUUAAGAUUGCCACGGUAACCCGUGUGAGCGGGCACUACACUAAAUAGCAGUAGUAAUUGAUGUCGUCUACCGAGCGGUCUCAAACAUGUGUCCUCUGCGUUUCUCCAUUUUAAAUCUGCGGAGUUAUUCUCACAGAGACUUACGUAAUAUCAUUCGAUUUGAGCUCCGCGAGCUCCUCAAACCACCGUUCAGCAUUUGGAUCUGCUAUUCGCGGAUUACCAGUAAACUUUGCUUUUGCAAUUUCGAAGUCAACCGUGCUUAAAUCUUAUCGGAUAAUUUAAUUUUUUUCUCGUCGCACAAGAACUGUUGUGGUCUUAUUUUGAAGAUCACUUUGAAAGUUACCUGAACAUCUUACUACCCUUCCUUCUGCUCGCUGUACAAAGCGAUAGUUUUUUGUAGAAAAUAGAAGCCACGAUUAAACUGCACAAUAAUCUGCCUCGACGGGGAAUUGAAAUAGGGAUUUCCGGUCCGCUGCUCUACCAACUGAGCGACAUAAUCACAAUACCGCCAAUACCCUAAAAGCGAUAGUUGUCACUUUGGUCCGCCCCUGGGAACAGCCACUGUCGUAAUCAGACAGUAUUUUCCAAGUCAUCUAGCUUUGCCUCAAUCCUACGCUGCAUCGCUUUCUAUCCACUUACCGGCUGGAUAGACAGCAGGCACUUUGCCUAUCUACCCUAAGAAACCUGUGACUCGUCUGGACGUGACACGUCUGACCCCUCCGACCUCAAAGCAGCGUCGAUUGCUAAGCAACGCAAAGUGAAGCGAAGUCAUACACGGUGCGUCACUAUCUCUAUCCUCUUGCUACCCCAGUUGUACUGUACACAUCCAGUAAAUCCAUUCCAUCUUGUUAUUGUGGAAUCUUUACACCUUAUCACCACCAUCUGCGGUCAUUCCUAGUUCGCUGCCCCGUUCCUGACCGUGACCACAUAUAUCAGUGGAAUAAUCCCAUUAUAAACUAUUGGUAAAUAGAUAAAUGAGAGAUCU